UGGUCACCAAACUCACACAGCAGAGCUCUCUGGAAUUUGCUUGUGAGGUUCAAAAGAAGAACAGAGUCUGGUUUGGAACUGGGAGAGGUGUAGUGGGUAGUAAUCAGUUUGGGGAUUGGAUUAGUUGUGGUGGAAAAAGUUGGAAGCUUUGAGAUGCCGGAGGAGGAUUUGGUGGAUAUAAAGUUCAGGCUGUAUGAUGGGUCCGAUAUUGGGCCAUUCAGCUACUCAUCGGCGUCUACAGUCGAUGUGCUUAAGCAGAGGGUCGUUUCUGAUUGGCCCAAAGGCAAGACGAUGACACCGAAGACUGCGAAUGAAGUGAAGCUAAUGUGUUUUGGUAAAAUUUUGGAGAACAGCAAGACAGUGGGGCAGUGUAAAUUACCGUUUGGUGAUGUUGGCGGUGGGGGAGUUAUGGUAAUGCAUGUUGUUGUACAGCCAACUAUAGAGAAAGCUAAAUCAGACAAGAAGAUUGAUGACUUGCCAAGAAAAGUUGUCUGUUCGUGUUCUAUACUGUGAAAUAUAAAAAAUGUUCGAGAUGGGGAUUUGGUGACCGCUCUUAUAACAUAGACCAUCUCUUGACAUAAUUUGUUCAUUGUUCUUUUAGUGUCAAUGUGUACAUGUCAAGUUGUGCGUACAGAAAACCAUGUUGAUGGUGAUUUCACUAGGUGCUGGUUGCAAUUGCAUGGCCAUGUUUUUCAGUGUGCUUUCUUCUUGUUUACAGUCUGUCUUGCCCUGUAGAUUGUGUGAUGAAUUGUAUAGUUAUGUAAAGUAUAUAUUUAAUGCAAAGAUGCUCAUCCAAACUAGAAGGAAGAAUGGUGUGUUUAUGUUGGGGUUUUCUAUGAUGCAAGAAUUUUGAUGA